GGGCAGAGCUCGCCGUUGCCGCCGCCGGCUUUUCUCCACCUCCGGCAGGGCGCGCCCCAGCUGAUGCGCCCCGCUGGUGCGUUUUUACGCACGGCUGGUGCCCUCGGGCGCCGGGUCAGGCUGUGAACCGCCAAGGAGGGAGGGCGGCCCCGGAGAGGACAGGAGCGGCGGCCCUGGAGCCGGGGGGGUCUCCCUCCCCGCCAUGGACGACCCCCUGCCCUCGCCGCUGCCCCUGCGCACCCGCCUGAGCUACGCCGUGGGCCACUUCCUGAACGACUUGUGCGCCUCGAUGUGGUUCACUUACCUGCUGGUCUAUUUCCACUCCGUCCUGGGCUACAGCAGCCGCCACGCGGGGGCGCUCUUGCUGGCGGGGCAAGUGGCCGACGGCAUCUGCACGCCCCUGGUGGGCUACGAGGCGGACCAGGCCGGCGGCUGUGGACGCUACGGCCGGAGGAAAUCCUGGCACUUAAUCGGAACCAUCAGCGUCCUUCUGUCCUUCCCUUUCAUCUUUAACCCCUGCCUAGGCUGCUCAGAGAAGACCCCCGAGUGGGCCGUCCUCAUCUACUUCAUCCCCUUCGUGGUCAUUUUCCAGUUUGGCUGGGCAGCCACCCAGAUCUCCCACCUCUCCCUCAUCCCGGAACUGGUCACCAGCGACCACGAGAAGGUGGAACUCACAGCCUUCAGAUAUGCCUUUACUGUCGUGGCAAACAUCACCGUGUAUGGGCUGGCGUGGCUCCUCUUGCACUUCGAGGUGGGCCGCAGGGGGGCUCCAAACCUCGGUCGGCAAGACAUCCCUGUCUUUCGGAACUUGUCUCUGAUCGUUGUGGCUGUGGGAGCCAUUUCCUCGCUGCUCUUUCAUCUCGGCACCCCGGAGAAGACCCGGCCGCCUGGUUGGGCUCCCGAACCUCAAGAGCGCACCCCGCUGUUGUCGGAUAGCCAGAAGAAGCACAUUCGGCCCUACCUUCUCUGGAACCACUGGCUUCUAGAACCUGCCUUCUACCAGGUGGCGUUGCUCUACAUGGCCACACGACUCAUAGUCAACCUCUCUCAGACCUACAUCGCCAUGUACCUCACCAACUCGUUGAUGCUCCCAAAGAAAUUCAUUGCAACCAUUCCCUUGGUGAUGUACAUCAGCGGCUUUCUCUCUUCUUUACUGAUGAAAACUGUGAACAAGCGGAUCGGCAGAAAUCUCACCUACUUCCUGGGCUUGCUGAUCGUCCUGGCGUUUGCUUCCUGGGUGGCCCUCAUGGGAAAUAUGGGCGUGGAGGUUUACGGGGCAGCGGUCCUACUCGGGGCAGGCUCAGCUACCAUCUUAGUGACGUCCCUUUCCAUGACGGCUGACCUCAUCGGCACCAACACGCACAGCGGCGCAUUCGUUUAUGGAGCCAUGAGUUUCACGGACAAAGUUGCCAAUGGGCUGGCGGUCAUGCUUAUUCAGAACCUGCACCCUUGUCCGACUCUACUUUGCUGUCCGGGCUGCAUGGCCUUCUACCACUGGGUGAUGGUAGCCGUCACGGGGGGCAUCGCUGUGGUCGCCAGCCUGUUCCUUGCCUGCCUUAUGAUUUGGCCCAUACGCAUCCGAUUCCAUGAUGUUUCCAUCACAGGGCUGGCAGGAACAAGGCCGCGACAACUCGAGCCCCAGGACGAAGAUGACGAUGCCAGCUUGGUCAACUGAGGCACCGUUUCCCCGGAGGGGAGAAGCUACUGAGCGGGAUUUGGGGUGUGUGUGAAUCUUUGCGGACUGGAAGGCCAGAAGACUCUUGACUUUUAACUGGAUUUUUUUAUUCCCUUUUGCUCCUUCCAUGGACUGCUCCUUCCGUCACCCUACCCCCACCCCACCCCUGGCACAUUUUGCACAAUAAUUUCUCGUUGCUCACAAGUGAGCAUCUUUUUUUUUGCACACCUAACACUACUUUACUUCACCUUGCGCCAGCGAACUCCUCUGCCUCCUUCCUUCCUUUUCUUCCCCAUGAUGGACCAGCCACAUCGUUUUGCGUUUACCUUGUCUUUUUUGUGGGGGUCGCUCUAAAAAGAUAUAUGUACAUAUACAUUUUUUUAAGAAAAAAUAAAUUAAGUGGUCUUUAAGAGAG